CCUGUGUGUGUGAUGAUGGUUAUGCUGGAGAAUACUGUGUGGCAUCCAGACCCCUACCCAUGAUGCUGAGGGAUGAUUUUAAUCGUGACAAACCAAAAACUGACAAUUGGUUGGAAGUGUAUGGUGCUGAGACUUCAAAUAUUUGUGGGACACUCAUCAGUGGCAAUGCUCUGACCUUUACUGGGGAUCAACUCCGCAUGGCAGUCACUCGAGACCUUGACACCACGAUGCUGACCUCGGUAGAAUUCUACUUCCUGUUUGGAUGCAAUGGAUCCAAGAUGGAGUGGCCUAGGAAGGACAGUGUGCUGCUCCAGUUCUCCACAAAUGGAGGGAUUACGUGGAAACUUCUCAAAGAGCUGCACUACAGGAAUGACACCAUAGCAAGGUUCUUCAGUAUUGAGUUACCCAUGGAUGCCCGAUACAACUCCACUAGACUGCGAUUCUGGCAGCCUCACAGCCCAGGUAAGAUGCUGUCAACCUGGGCUGUAGACAACCUGUUCAUUGGACGCAUGAUGAUGAAUCCCAGCUCUAUGUCUGACAACUUUGAGAGUGGUACCAGCGAUACAUCCUGGCUCUUUGUGAAUGAUGGCGAGUUGGACUCCUAUUGUGAACAGAACACCAGAUCUGACAGCAUGGGGGCUGGACAGACAGCGCUCGUAUUCCGUCAAGGGCAUGACAUGGGGGAGCACUCUGUGAUCACACGAGACCUCAAUGUGGGGCCAAUGUCUGUACUUCAGUUUGAUAUCAAUGUGGGCUGCUCAUCAGAAAGUACUCACAAGUACCCGGUGCAUUUGGAGUACUCUUCAGAUGGAGGUAAAACAUGGAGUCUGGUGGUACCUAACUGUGCCCAAGUGUUGUCUGUUAGUUGUCAUGACAGCAUUAUGCACCCUAGCAUAUACUACGGGGGAACUACAAAAUACUGGCGACGUGUGUCUAUACCACUGGAUAAUCUUUAUGUUUGCGGCACCCUGAGAUUUCGCUGGUACCAGGGAUUCAUACCUGAUGAAGACUUUGGACCUGAGUGGGCGAUAGACAAUGUGUUCAUAGGGAUGGCUUGCAUGCAGCAAUGUCUUGGACAUGGUGACUGCAAUGGCAGCAUGAUAUGUUCAUGCGAUGCUGGUUACCACGGUGAUGCUUGCCAGUCCAACCAAUCACUGCCAGUGUACAUGAAAGAAGGCUUCCGAUUGGCUGAUGGACUAGAUGAUCUUCCAGAGAUCCUCCAUGUUUUAGACUCAUUCAGUAGCUCCAAUAAGCUUCUGGAUGAGAGGAAGUGGGCCGAAUGGAGUGGUGGACUGGUUGCCAAGGUGUGCGGUCUGCUGCUGGACGGCCACAGUCUGGUGUUCCAGAACACGGGGGAGAGGGUCCUGGUAACCAGGGAACUGGAUCUCUCCAAGGCAACUACUGUCCAGUUUUACCUUCGGUUGGGCUGUGACUCCACCCCUCCUGAUCCUGCCACUCCCCCAGUCUAUGCCCAAUACUCGGUGAACGGGGGCAUCAACUGGCACACCAUUGAGCAGUUUGAUUUCAACACGCACAGCAACAGACCAUCAUACAUUGUGCUCAAUCUGCCUGAAAGUUCACGCUCCAAGGCAACCCAGUUUAGAUGGUGGCAGCCUUCUAAAAAUGGAACGUUCAUGGAGGACUGGGCUAUAGAUGAGAUCUACAUAGGUGGGGAUCAUGAGGGAGAAGACAUGCUGGCAGAUGACCCUGAGUCCCCUAGGGACCCCAUCUGGACCUUGACCCCAGGGGCAGUCAUAGAACCUGUGUGUGGAUCCACCUUUGAUGCCUUACAUUUCACUGGAGAGGAGAAGCAUCGGUUCGCAGUGACGGCAGAUGUUGUGGUGACGGAAGGGUCCUUCUUGCAAGUGAACAUUGCCCUGGGCUGUACUGCUUCAAAGACUUGCUUCAACGUGAGCCUGCUGUACUCACAUGACCACGGUGUUACCUGGCAACCUGUUCUUGGCUCAUGUCUGCUGUCACACAUGGACUGCGAGACUCACAUGUUCCCUAGAGACGGUGUCUUCCUGUCUGACGUCAACACUGGCUGGACCAGAUACAACAUUCCGCUGCCAUUUAAAACUAGGUCACAGUUCACUCGGUUCCUGUUUGUGCAGCCCGAUGGGUUCAACCCCAAGGACACCUGGGCCCUGGCCAACCUCUACAUUGGCAACCACUGCCCACAGUUCUGUAACGGACAUGGCAGGUGUACAGAAUUUGGCUGUCUAUGUGAUGAGGACUGGAGUGGCUAUGAGUGCUCUGUACCCCUGGUACAGUUGCCAGGAUACGUAUACGACAUGUUUGAGGUGCCAUCCAAGGCUUGGGAAUAUGUGGUCGGGGCUAAACAAACAAAACCUUGUAAAACAAUGGCUUCGGGACUCGCCCUGCAUUUUGCUGGUAACUGUACACGUGGGAUGAAGUCACGUGUACUGGAUUUGUCGACUGCUGAGUUUGUCCAGUUCAACUUCCUGUAUGGGUGUGGCGCGAGCCCAGAUGAUAUUGACGAGAGCGUUCUGAUUGGUUAUUCCACUAAUGGAGUUGACUGGAACACGUUUGGCACGUUGCAUUACCUAAACUACAGAUCCCCUUCUUAUGUUACUAUGAAGCUUCCUGACGAAGCCAGGACCAAUGGGACGUCUAUCGGCUUCUAUCAGUUCAAGCACAGCGGAGCCAAUGAAGAUGAUUGGUUGAUAGAUGACCUUAGAAUUGGAGGUCAAAUUGUCAACCCAGAUGUCAUGAUGAGUGACUUCUCAGGAGGAAUUGACCCUGCAGAAUGGAACACUUUAGAUAAUAUGCAGAGUGGCAAAUAUUGUGAACGCAAAAACGUUUCAUUGGGUACGAUAGCAGACAGCGAAAGUGCAACCAUGACAACACAAGACCUUGACAUAAGUGAAGGUCACAUGCUGCAGUUCUGGUACAAUAUAGGUUGCAUGCGCAGCUGGAAUGCAUCAGUGGCCCCAAUGCAUUUGCAAUACUCAACAGACCGUGGUAUGUCGUGGGCGUACGUGACCCCUCAGUGCCUCUCCAAUGACCCCACAUGCCCGGGCGGUGCCUCAAUGGCCAGCGUUUACUAUGGAGAUCCCAUGGGCACAUGGCAGCGAGUCACCAUACCGCUGAAAGGGAUGCCAGUCUCAAGGGCCACAAGGUUCCGCUGGCAGCAGCGUCCUGUAUACAAUACUGAGGCAGUCACAAACUUUGGUCUUACUGAUGUGUAUAUUGGUCCAGCGUGUCAUGACCUCUGUGGUGGGCAUGGCAACUGUCGUCAGGAAGGUCAGCUGACCUGCACAUGUGACCCGGGUCACCAUGGCGACAACUGUUACCCAUGGAAUGCUAAACAUCAGUCUGAGCUAAAGGAUAUCUUUGACACAGCCAGUAUAGACAAAUCCAAGUGGGAGUUGAUUCAAGGUGGCGCUGCUCAGAAUGCUUGCAUUCCAUUGGUGGAAAAGACUGCAUUGGUACAGAAUGGGCCGGGACUGAGGCAGGUUGUCACCCAUGACCUUGACCUUAGAGAUGCAAAGUUUGUUCAGUACAUGGCAAGUAUUGGUGGUGCUGGUAACGGUACAGGCUGCUUCAAGCCCUUCAGUCAUGAUCAGAGCGUAGUCCUCCAGUUUUCCACUGAUGGGGGCAUACACUGGCACACCCUCCACAUACUGGACUACACAGGCUACUCGGACCCUCGGCACGACUACAUCCGGCUCCCACAGACCGCCCGUACGCCGAGUACCAGGGUUCGCUGGUGGCAGCCGUUGUCUCAGGACCCUAGCAGGGAGCAGCCAUCUUGGGCCCUUGAUAACGUGUACAUUGGGGGACAUGAGAUCAACCCAGCCCAGGUUCAGAUACAUUUUAAUGAGUCUGUCAUACUGAAUGAUCAGCCCUGGGAGUUCAACGUUCAAGGUCACAUUGCAGAGGAAAUGUGCAAAAAGGAGGGAAGUGCUAUUGUGUGGGAGGAAGGGACAGGACAGAGGCACUUCACCACUAAGCAGGCUAUUGUUCAACAUAACUAUAUCCUGCAGUUUAAGAUUGUAGUUGGGUGCAACAAGGCCUUCAAUGUGUGUGAUAGCCACCCUCCAGUCAGACUCAUGUUUAACAAGAACCCCCUGGUGGACACAUGGCACGAGGUGGUACCCACGUGUCUGCCGGACGUGAAUCUGAGAAUGGACUGUAGCCCCAACAUGUACCAUGUUGCCAGUGAAUACACGGUGGACAGAAACCCUGUGUGGUCUCGUGUCACUGUCGGCUUACCAGAGAAAACUUUCUCCAGUACAACGAGGUUCCGUUGGCUCCAGGAUACAGGGAACCAGUCUGCUCCGGGCUGGGCCCUGGACGAUAUCUACAUCGGGGAGAGCUGCCCUGUCAUGUGUCAUGGGCGAGGGGACUGCAAGGGGGGAACCUGCCACUGUGAUGAGGGAUACACUGGUGUGUCAUGUAUGCCAUUGAAGAAGCAGCCAAGCCGCAUCUUUGAUUCAUUUGAAGAUGGCAUCUAUGCAACACGCUGUGAGUGGGUGUCAGGUGGAGGUAUUGGGUUUGGAUGUGGCGCCCUGUUACCAUAUGCCCAUGGCAAGACCCUGUACUUUAAUGGGUGUGGUCAGAGGGAGGCACGCACUGUGGAAAUGGACCUUACUAGACCAAGCAAAAUAAUGUUUGUGCUACAAAUAGGAUGUCGUGCACAAACACCUGAGUGCAAUGUUAAAAUGGAAGAUGCCUCACAGUACAGGGGUGUUUUGCUGCAGUAUUCAACAAAUAAGGGCUCAGAGUGGAGACUGCUGGCUAGGCAUGAUCCUGCGGAUCAUUUGACCCCAAAGCGUAUGGCAUAUGACCUUCCGUAUCAGGCUCAGCUGGAGGGUGUUCAGUUCCGCUGGUGGCAGCCAGUCCAUGGUGGGGAGGGGAAGGAUCAAUGGGCUCUGGAUCAUGUGGAAGUUGUGCCGAGCCGAGUGAAUAUGAAAUUUUACAGAAGAAGGAGAGGACUUGGUUAUAUGUAAUAUGGAUAUAGACAUAACAAACAUUUUGUUGUUCAUAUCUUUGAUGUGACAAUAUGAGCAAUGAUUCAAUUCAUGACACUGUUUUUAAUAAGUUUAUAUAAAGAGGAAAAGUGUUUCAAGCAAACUAGUAUUUCUAGGAGACUAGUUAUUGGUUAUAUUGUUGAAUGAGUAUGCAUAUUUAUUUUUAAUAAAUUGUCGAAUAAUAAUAAAACCAUG